GUAUUGUACUAUUGUGAUUAUGUGCGAUUUUUGACUGUGGUUUUAGGAUUGAUUAUAUUAUUUAUAUAUAUAUAUAUAUAUGUUGACAUGUUAAUUUAACGAGAAAAAAAUAUACUACGAACUUGACUGCCUAAUCUUCUGCCAGAUCUACUGAGAAAUGGAUGAUGACGCCCCAGACAAUGCGUUUGCUGAGCUCAAGACAAGAGACCUCCGAUUUUGGGAUGUUGCUCAGAUUGCUGCUGGAACUGGUCUCGCUGUUUACGCUAUGUGGGUCGCAGUCCUCCAGCCAGGCUUCCGAAAAGUCCCAUUGAGGUUACAGGUACCGUACAUACCUGCCAGUGGAGCUCAAGUGCACAAUGUCAUGACAUUGCUAAGAGGUCGAAAGGGGGUCCUUGUGGAUUUAGGAUCUGGCGACGGUCGCAUUGUCUUGGAAGCGUACCGACAAGGCUUCACUUCUGCUGUUGGCUAUGAGCUCAACCCCUGGCUGGUUAGCUUGGCUCGCUUCCAUGCGUGGAGAGCAGGUCAUCAUGGCAGCGUGUCCUACCGAAGAGAAGAUUUAUGGAAGGUGGAUUUGACAGAAUGCAAGAAUAUUACUGUGUUUUUAGCUCCUAGUGUGCUUUCGCCUCUGCAGAAGAAGAUGGAGGCUGAGCUUCCUGAUGAUGCAUUGGUGGUAGCCGGCCGUUUCCCCAUCCCUGACUGGACCCCAUGCAGAACUGAGGGACAUGGUGUGGACAGAGCCUGGGCAUACAACAUGCAAGCACAAAGACGGCUCUCUCCAAAUAAAAAAAGUCCACAGAUGGGGAACCUUGACAACGUAUAAGACACUGCUUGAUUGAUCAUAGGUCGCGGGCGUGCUGGAGCCUAUCCCAGCUGUCAUCGGGCAGGAGGCGGGGUACACCCUGAACUGGUUGCCAGCCAAUCGCAGGGCACAUCGAAACAAACAACCAUUCGCACUCACAGUCAUGCCUACGGGCAAUUUAGAGUCUCCAAUUAAUGCAUGUUUUUGGGAUGUGGGAGGAAACCGGAGUGCCCGGAGAAAACCCACGCAGGCACGGGGAGAACAUGCAAACUCCACACAGGCGGGGACGGGGAUUGAACCCCGCACCUCAGAACUGUGAGGCUGACGCUGUAACCAGUCGGCCACCGUGCCGCCAGAAAUAUAUUGUAUGAUGUAAAUGUUGGUAUUUUAGGGACUUUUAACUGACUAAAUGGAUUGUUGAUAAAUCCACGUGUCUUACAAGGUCACUCUGUCUGAAACAACGUAAGUGUCAUCAUAUUGUAUUGUCCAAUGUAUGGACAAAUGCUUUCAUGAGUCCUUUUUGAGCCAUUUCUCUGAAAAAAUAAAUUAUUCGCAGUUUUACACCAA